AUUACGUAUUUUAUGUGGUGUAAGAGACACGCUGCCGUUGAAACCAAAUGGACACUAGAAAAAACGAAAAUGAGCAGCUGGAAAACCUGCUCACCCGAUAUUUUAAAACGAGAUCAUUUUUCCCGUAUGGAGCUGUCAAAGAUGAUAAAUUAUCUACGUACCGAAAAAAUAGUCUUGUGCACCAGAAAUAUAACAAGCCUGAAUCGCCCAUAUUUGAAUUUAAGACGUUUUGCUCUAUGACUAGCUUGCAUGGCUUCUUUCAUUUUGUGGAAAACAAUUUUAGCAAGAUUGGAAAAUUUUGUUGGGCUAUUUUAUUAAUGGCCAUAUACAUAUUAUGUGGUGUCUCGAUUUAUUUUUUAAUACGUAUGUUUUUGGAGAUGCCAGCAAUAAUAUCGUUGGAUAAUUCGGUUUCUUCGAUUUGGACGAUUCCGUUUCCGGCAAUAACGAUAUGCAGUGCGAACCAAGUCCGUCCUUCUGUUUAUAACUAUUCGGAUAUUAACAUUACCAACUAUGAAGAUCAAUUAAUUCAAAAUAUAAUUUACGGUGUUUGCAAAAAUAAUCGAACAGAGAAAAAAUGGAUAUCGGAAGAUUAUUUAGUCGGUUCCUCUGUUUCGCAAGCACUAAAGAAUUUGUCAUUUCCGUGUAAAGAAGUAGUCAAGUCAUUUUUUUGGUUAUGGAAAAUAGAAAUCGAUCCGUGCAACGUUUUGUUUCAAGAAACUUUCACGCCGUAUGGUUUAUGCUACUCGUUUAAUAUGAUGCCAAUGAUAGAUUUAUUGAACGGUGUUGACGAAUGGUCGCAGGAUUUCAAUAACUAUAGCUGGAAAAAGUAUCAUAGUAGCUGGAAGCCGGAUACCGGAUAUAGAAGCGAUGCACUAACUAGUCAUUUGCCACUGAGGACGUUUGGCGACGGUGACUAUCACAGUGCAACUAUGAAAUUAGAACUUCAUUCUGACGAUAUGAACAAAGAAUGUGCACAUGGGUUGGACGUAUUCUACAUAUUGGUUCAUAGUCCAGCCGAAUGGCCUGCCAGGUCACAUCCGACAUUACUAGUCACCACCAAUACGAUCUCGACUAUUUCAAUUAAACCGGUUGUGCUUACUACCAAUAAAGAGCUAAUACCGUGGGAUUCCAAAAUAAGGCAUUGUUACUUUCAAAAUGAGAGUAAAUUAAAAUUUUUCAAAGUUUACACUAAAAAUAAUUGCAUCUUAGAGUGUCGCAGCUCUAGUGUAUUGUCGCAGUGUGGUUGUGUGCCAUUUUACUAUUUAAGAAUGAAAAAUACGCCAGUUUGUGGACCUGCUAAAAUGUCAUGUUGGCUGAAUGCCUCAUAUGCUUCAUCAGAAUCAUGUGAUUGUUUACCGGGGUGUACUGAAUUUUUUUUCAAAACGUCGUCAAUGAACGCGCAUCUCACGAAACCUGCUCGAAAAGAUGAUAAAAAUAAUUUGACAUCUAGUUCGUUGAUAUUAAGUGUUUAUUAUCAAAGUAUUAAUUUCAUUGGAUUUAAUCGAAUAAUGAUUUCUACUUUCGGUCAAUUUAUGGGUAAAUUAGGUGGAAUAAUGGGAUUGUGCUUGGGUUUUAGCUUUUUGAGUUUGGUUGAGAUUUUUUAUUUUUUAACACUCAGACCACUAGUGAACUUUUGCAAUUCAAAAAAAAAAUUGAAGAAAGUUGCUCCGACACUCAUAUUGGGGAAAGAGUAAAAAUAAUCGAAUCGAUUUGAUUUAGUUCAAUUAAACAACAACAGUAAUAAUUAUCUGUCAGAUAUUGUUUGAAAAUUGGAGACAUGUGCGCACAUUCUUAUUUACACAAUGUAAUAGAUUAUCAGUUUUGACUAUACACAUUUUAUACAUUUAUUAUU